GUGAGUUGAUGGCCCUUUAAGAGGCCCUAGCUAGCUCCCAGUUGCCAUGGAGACAACUGGAUACAGACCGGGUAGCAGCAGCAUGUCCCGGAAAGUACAACCUACAGCCCCCAGAGCCCAGGAGCACCAGCUCUCAGCCCAGGAGAGUCGGCCACCCCCAGAGGCCAAUGCUGAAGCCGUGCGCUUCCUCAGAUCCCUUCGGCAGGAGGAGCUGCAGAUGCUGUUCUUCUCCGAGACUCUGGUCAUGGUCUCAGACUCAGGGGAGCCUCAGGGAGAGCUGACCAUUGAGGUGCAGAGAGGAAGAUACAAGGACGACUUUGGCCUCAUGUCGCACUGCGUCCUGGUGCACGCCUUUAGCCGCGGCCUCAUGGACAAGAUGCUCUGCGGAAACUCCCUCCUGGGCCAUCUCUCAUGGAACCUGGAGCUCAUGGAACAACACAGUCAGGAGUUCAUCAAGUUCCACAUCCUCCCCAUGGAACGGAAGACGAGUUUGCUGAAGCAGGAUGAUCAACUGGUCAUGACCAGAAGCAUCAAGGAGGGCCAGGAAGUGAAGACCGAAGUGGCUUUUUUCCCCUGGCACUCAAUCACAGGCUUCAUCUCCGAGGCUGCCAACCUGGUGUUGCUGAGGGUGAUGGCCUGGCGGCAGACGGUGCCCAGCAACGCCCGCUUCCUGGCCUUGGACACAGAGGGCAAACUCUGCUAUUCUACUUACCAAGCCCUGGGCUCCCAGGCGAUCCAGGUGGGCCACCAGCAGGUGGAAGUGUUCACCGUGGAGCAGACUGUGCACUCGGAGGAGGGCAUCCCCAUGUCCUGCCAGUUCUACCUGCUCCCUGAUGGGCACGUAGCCAAGAGAGUCCAGGUGGGCUCCCCCGGCUGCUGCAUGAUCACCAAGAUGCCCAUCUUGAGGGAGGAGGAUGAGAUUGAGCCUCGCCCAGCAUUUGAGAAGAAGCCCCUGGUGUGGGAGGAGGACGUGGAGCUCUACUCGAGGUUCAUGGAGCGGAAGGAGGAGCUCCGUCUCAGCCACAACAGCUACCUGCGGCAGCACCCGGAGGCCCACGCGCUCAUCUCCGAUUUCCUGCUGUUCCUGCUGCUGCGCCAGCCCGCCGACGUGGUCACCUUCGCGGCCGACUUCUUCGGUCCCUUCGCCGUGCGCCGCCGGCCGACCCCCUCCCUGCGCUCCUCCAACCGGCCCAGCCCCUUCCGCUCGCUGGACCCGGAGUGCAGCCCCAGCGAGGGCUAGCGGGGCGCGCCGCCGGCAGGAAGCGGGGCCUCCGGCAGGCCAGGCGGGACGCCCCCGGGGGCGCGCUUUCCGGGCUGCGGUUUGGAUGGGAGUAAGCGGGGCCCUCCCGCGGCGCUGCCCUGCGAGCCGGAAUCUUCCCUGGCCCACGUCUUGUCUUGCACUAAAAAUAGGAACCGUUAACAGUGUCUAUCGAGCUAACUGCAGCCUUUCUUCCUAGAUGCUAUUAUUACCAAUAUUCCUAUUUUACAGAAAAGAAAAUAGAGGCACAGAAAGGUAAAGUAGCUUUUAAGAGUUAGCAGGUGGGACGCAGGCUUCAUACCUGGACGUUGGUUUCCAAACCCGGUCACUAGGUUAGCGGGGGGUGCAGGGGCGGAGCUUCUUGGCGCUCGGAAUCACCCUGGAUACCACGAAGAGUAAUUCCCCGCUCUCGGCUCCCAAAGAAAAAGAGCAGACGAAGUGGGGCGACUGGGGCGGGGUCUGGAUCACCACCGGUCUUGCUCAUCACCUCCGAAACCUGCCAAAACACCCGCCCCCAGCUCUCACUCUCCACCUCCUUCCUCCCGGUUCCCACUGAUACACAGGAACCCCCAACUGCAGGCCGGGUCCCCAGUUCCCGGCUCCCGGAGAAAAGAGGACCGGCAAGUGAUCAUCCCCUCCUUUAGCUUCCUUGCUUUACGUUUGUCUGGUCAGCGGCUUGUUUCUGCCCAAUGAUGGCCACCGCUCAGUGGCAAAUAUUAGGCGAGCUCCCCCAAGGCAGCUGGUGACGGGGUGCUGGCUCCAUCCCUCCAUCUAUUCGCUCAUCCGACCUGCUGCUGCAAGAUGGGAACUCGGAGACGCCCUGCGCUCUAGUGGACGAUAGGAGUCGGCAUCUACAGGGCUGGGGGGUGGGGUGGGGGUCUGUGACCCAGGAAUCAGGAAGUUUUCAUAGAGAACUGCCACUUGAGUUAAGCCUUAAAGAAUUUUUAAUAUCUUUUAUUGCCUCCUUAUUUCAAAGGAAAUACGCAUUCAUUAGAGAAAACUUAGGGCGAUAAAAAGAAGGGAAAUCACCUUAAUCGUUCAACCUUGAGGCAGCCACUCCUAACGUUUCAGCAAAUAACCUUUCCACUCUUUUUUCUAAGCAUAAAUGUGGUUGGUGUUUGGUGAGCGUUUACUCUGCCAAGCACUUUCAUAGAGAAUGUUUCAUCCGGUCUUUCCACUCCAAGGGACUGGGUCUUUUUUUUUUUUUUUUUUAACAAAAAUGAAAUCAUACAGUAGUACAUGCUCAUUAACUGGCAAUUGCAUACUUAAUUACAUUCUUGAAAAGUUUCAAACAUUACAGACAAACCUGGGAUCUUCCUGGAUUACCACCCCAAUCUCCUUGCAUUUGUAAUUUUUUUCGUGUGUUGUAACUGGCUUUGUUUCAUUUAACAAUAUAUUUUGAAACUGUUUCCAUGUCAUUACGCAGUCUUCCAUUUUGGAUGGCUCUAUCAUAAUUUAACCAAUUUCCCACACACGCAUCUUUUUUUUUUUUUGCUAUUAUAAACAAUGCUGCAUUAAACAUC